CCGGGGGGCGGGGCGGGGGCAGGCGGCCGGGAACGGCAAGAUGGCGGUGCAGGCGGUGCACCUGGAGGCGGACGCGUUCCUGGUGUGCCUGAACCACGCGCUGAGCACCGAGAAGGAGGAGGUCAUGGGGCUCUGCAUCGGAGAGGUUGACACCAGCCGGAUCGUCCACAUCCAUUCUGUGAUAAUCCUGCGCCGCUCUGACAAGAGGAAAGACCGUGUGGAGAUCUCGCCAGAGCAGCUUUCAGCUGCUUCCACUGAAGCAGAGAGGUUGGCUGAGAUGACAGGACGUCCCAUGAGGGUGGUGGGCUGGUACCACUCCCACCCCCACAUCACUGUGUGGCCGUCACACGUCGAUGUCCGCACACAGGCCAUGUAUCAGAUGAUGGACCAAGGGUUUGUAGGGCUGAUUUUUUCCUGCUUCAUUGAGGACAAGAACACCAAGACAGGCAGAAUUCUCUAUACCUGUUUCCAGUCUGUUCAGGCCCAGAAGAGCUCAGAAUAUGAAAGGAUUGAAAUUCCCAUUCAUGUAGUCCCCCAUGAAACCAUUGGGAAAGUGUGUCUGGAAUCAGCUGUGGAGCUGCCCAAGAUCCUUUGCCAAGAAGAGCAGGAUGCCUACAGGAGAAUUCACAGCCUCACCCAUCUCGACUCUGUAACCAAGAUCCAUAAUGGCUCAGUGUUCACAAAGAACCUCUGCAGCCAAAUGUCUGCCAUCAGUGGGCCCCUGCUGCAGUGGCUCGAGGACAGACUGGAGCAGAACAAACAGCGUGUGCAGGAGCUGCAGCAGGAGAAGGAGCAGCUGCUGGAGGAACUUGCUGCUUUAGAGUGAGGAGGAAGUGCAGACCCUUCAGGAAGGUGACAUGAAAAAAUCUUCAAGAACUACUCCAGGCUGAAGGGUGCCCUGUGUUGCCUCAGUGAAGGUACUGGCUGUGCCUCUUCUCUUGCGAGCACAGCUCCAGGAUCAGGACUUUACCUGCCCCAGCUUGGUGCAAAGCAGUGCUGUAUCUGCAGUUGCUGCACUUCUGUCUCAGUGGUGGGGCUGGGCAGCACCUGGACUCCUGUUCUGGAAAACACACACUGAAGAUACCUGUUGUUUCUCCCUUUAUAUUUUGACAGAAGUCCUACUGCUUUACAUAUAUUCCAGGAGCCUGGAACACAAGGGUUAGAGUGGAAAAGUGUGUCCCUGCUGUCAUACGUAAUGCUGCCAACCUCUGCCUUCUCUUAGUAGCUAUAUUUGACCAUGAUCUUAUAUCUGGUAAUGUUCUGGAUCACUGGUCAUUCACCCAGGCAGGUAAGAGGUGGGAGGGAAGCCUGGGAACAGACCUGGAAGAUCUUUGACAUAGGAUCUGUGUUCAGCAUAUGUCAAACCAAAUAAAAAAUUCCAAAGCUAGA